AUGUGGACYUUUGCUUGGGUAUUCGUACUGGAAGCAGUUGUAAUUUCUACGGCAAAUGCUGCAAUAAUCGUCAUAUUCACCAGAACACGCCGUCUUCACAGCAAACAGUACAUUAUGAUURUCAGCCAGUCUGUAGCUGAUUUCUUCGUUGGUCUAGUUUCUGUSCCCAUGUUUACUGCUUGGUCGAUAAUCCAGCAAGGCGACCACGAGGCUUACUCAUCCUCAAUUGGUCGAGAUUUCCAUAUWCAAGAAACUUUCUUUGGAGGAGCUUCCUUAUUUGGUCURGCAGCGUUGGCCAUUGAACGAGCACAUGCAACAUACUUYCCAUUCAGACACUCYACAUUAGGUAAAGGACCGUUCAUCAUCGGGAUAGUUUUAGUGUGGAUAACUCCAUCUUUCGUGGCAGGUCUAUACAUAUUUUACGUGGAAGAGAGAAUUGUUGACAAUACCAUUAUAGUCGUUAUUGGGUGCACACUUGUGAUCAUUUCUGCUGCUUAUUCUCUCAUUCUUCUAAAAGUCCGUUGCACAGCUGGUCAAGCUAUUCAUCAUGAUGUGAAUAUCCAGGAGAACAAGAAACUGACUGUUACUGUUGCUGUGGUUACCAUUGUUAGCCUGGUCAUGUGGUUGCCUUCACCAGUCAUGAUAGUUAUUGAUUACAAAAMGUCUGCUUUCUUUUACUAUUGUGCAAAAUUCCUUCAUUAUGGCAACUCKCUCGUYAAUUCKGUUGUYUAYGCGUUUCGUAUGCGCGAAAUACAAAAAGAAAUCCUGCGCGUGUUMCAKUGUUGUCAUAACAACCAAAUCUCAAUAAGCAAUGAAACCGAACUUGUACAUUUGAAGAGAAAUAGCUGUAUUCAUCCGAGGAGUACAUGA